AUGGGACCGGCAGCGGCGCGGACGGGGCGAGCGCUCUUGCCGGCAGCGUUGCUGGCGCUGGCGCUGAGCCCGGGACCCGUGACUGCCCUGCCGUGCGGCGCCGACUGCCCAGCGGGUACCUUCGUGGUGAGCGCGGGCUGCGGGCGCGGGGCGAGCUGCCGGCAGUGUCCCCCCGACACCUUCUCCAGCGCGGCGGGACGCAGCGGCUGCACCCUCUGCCGGAAGUGUGAAGGAAGAUUCAGGUAUUUAAAAGAGUGCUCCUCAAAAAGCGAUGCUGAAUGUACGUGCAAGGAGGGAUAUCGAUGUAGUGGCAAUGGCUGCUCCCGCUGUGACCGAAGCUGUGGCGUGGGCCAGGAGAACACCAGGAAUGGUUGCCAUGCUUGCCCCUAUGGAACUUUCAAUGAUCAGCCUGAUGGCUUCUGUAAAAACUGGACAAAGUGCUCUGCAAACCACAUCCUGGAGCCUGGAACUGCAGCAAAAAAUGUCAUUUGCAAGCACACUUCAGAUGAUCCCGCUUCGUUCACUGCUCUACCUACCACAUCUCCUGCAAUUCAAUUUUCUGUUAUUGUGCCAGGGACGGACCUCCAGAUGGACAUUACCAGAAUUUCUCUCACUGUAGCUGGGCUGUUGUGCAUAGUGUUUCUGCUACCUUCAUGUAUAUGCUUCAGUGUCUGGCAGAAGAAGAAAAUACAUGCUAUCUUCAAGAAACUGCAUACCACACCUGAACAGUCAAUUCAGGAAGAUGAUGCCUGCAGCUGCCGCUUUCCUGAAGAAGAACAAGGUGAAUAUCAGGACCAUGGCAAAUCCACAGGAUUCAUACAUCGUUUGGUGAACUAGAGUUGUAUGGUCCAGGUCAACCACGUUUGAAUUUCCUUUUGGAACACAGAACAAGAAUCCAUUAAAUAGUGAGGAUAUCAGAUUUUUCAGAGUGCUAAAUAGUCCAGUCACUGAGGAAAAAGUGCAUCUUUUCCAGUUCUUAAAAAAAGUAUAUAAAUAGGUGUAGCUUGCUUUCUUCCUCUAGGUCAAAGAAUCAUAUUUCUAAGAAGUGGCACUUGGUCUACAAAUAAAAAGGACUACACUUAAAAACAGUAAUAGAAGGGCAGAAUGGCCUUCUGGUCUCUUUUAUAAAUGGUGCCUGAGCUGUAAUUUACCCACAAUUUGAAAAGCAUUUGGCACUAAAAAGGAGAUCUGUAGCACCUAGAUCUGCCACAUGUGACACUCCUGGUCUCUAUUACCAUUACUAUCCAUCCUUUUGAGUCUAGAGAUGCAACUCCUCCUAAAGUUUGGCUCAAACCCCAAACCUCAUUUCAUAUUCCAUCAACCCUAGACAUAACUAUGUGACCACUACACACUAUGUGACGUGUAUGUAGGAGAGAGGAGGCCAUAAAAAUCUAGAGCUGCAACGUGUUUCAGAGUAACCUGCAUCUGCUGUUACAUUACACCUUUUGGCUUGAGAGAGGCAGUGGAAACAUUGAGAAAAAACUGUGGUUGACUUGAUCUUAGAAAUAGAUGUUGGUGUGCAGCUGGACUGCACCACCUUCAGUCCUACGUACUUUGACUUUGAUCUUUUAGGUGAUGUAAACAUAUUCUAUACAUUGCAUAUGUGAUACAUUUCUGUAACUAUUUUUGUAAGUUCAAGGUUGGAAAGAUUUUAACAUCAGAUGCUAUCUGUCUCUUUGAUCAAUUACUGUUACUUUGGUCUUAAAGAGAAAAAAGAAAACGCACAUUUGAGUCAUGGCAUUUACGACAUCAUUUUUAACCUUUUGCAAAACUAACUAUUCUCUUUCUGCAGUAAAUAUUAUUAAAAAAUUAGAGUGAAAACCCAACAAUGUCAUCUGAAGGGUGAUUUUCCCCUCUCUGCCAUUUCAACUUAGAGAAUGCUUUUCUUGUGUUUGCAGAAUGACAGCCCAUCUCUCCAUUCAGCAGAUUACGAUAGCAGAUUACUUUUGGCAAACCACACUUAGACAUUUUGAUAAACUUGUAUUCAAGUAAAUAGAAAACAGUAAUGUCAUACCAAAGCUGGCA